AUGGACAACGACAACCAGCAAGCCGAUCAGGGCAGCAGGCCUAGACGUCUGCGUCAAAAGGACCUCGAGGAGCUUCGCGAAAAACACGAUAAUGGCGAGGACAAACUCAUUCCCAUUUGGCAGCGAGCUGGUCCCAAAGAGCCUCUCACCCUUGUCAUCCAGGGCUUCUCCCGCUCCGCCCUCAUGACCUUCAGUCCUGUCUGGAAGAAGGAGCUCGAGGCAAACCCUUCCUCGCUGGUACUCCGGGGACCACACCUAGGUGUUUACAAGCUGAUUCUAGACUGGAUCAACCUGUGCAUCGCGGAGGGAAAUGAUGUCAAAUUCCCCGAUAUUGAAGAGCCCGAGAACGAGCCUGAGGAGCAUGGACUCGACUACGAGCGCCCGCACCAGCUUCACGUCCUUCUCCAGAUCAUCGCUGCAGCGAACCACCUGGAGAUCCCGGAGGCUUCCCUUCAGACCGGCUUAAAGAAGCGUGCGCCCGGACACGCCCGCAAGCACGUCAUUAGCCUUGACUUCGUCGAGCGCAUCUACAGCGAGGAGAAUUACGCCGAGUACACCGAUGACCUACGAGAGAUCGCCGCCAUCUCGAUCUUUGAAGCCUGGUGGACCUUCAAGCUUGAUGGCCCGGAGUCUGACCAGUACAUCUCUUGGCUCGAGCAGAUGCGUGUUGACUAUCCCCAGCUUGACGCAGAUCUGCACCAGCAGUUCGACAAGAAGAAAGAGUUCAUCGAGUCCAAGCGCGAGGAGCGAAGGCGUGCCCGUGAUGCCGAGGUUUCUGCUCCCUCCGCUGAGAACGGCUUUGACAAUCCUGGUGACCCCAUUGCCACUGGUGGCUGGGACUCUGUGGACGGCGCUGGCGGAGCUGAUGGCGAUGGAUGGAACCAGGCUGCCGCGAUGCUGACUACUGAGGGCGGCGCGGAUUGGGACAAGGCUACGGAGGAGGCGCCUUCCUGGGCGGCUCCCGCUACCAGCAUAUGGUAG